GAGCAACGAACGAUAAGUAGGUGUAGGUCUAUAGGUACAUACUAGGUACCUAAGCACGUAAAUACAUUAUCUAUUUCUUAAAGUGAGCUUAAAGUUUCAACAUGAACAAUCCGUGGAAGCUGAUAUUUGUUAUUUUAUUUACAUGCGAAGAAAUUAUCGCAGCUCAGCCAGCAAGCAAUGACUCCACGAAAUACGAUCUUACUAAUGUUUUAAACGAUGCGGUAUUAAAACUACUCAAAAGUACUGAUUUAGUUGAAAAAUUGGAGUCGGAAAUAUUCAUGAGACCCACAAAACAUCGAAGAUGGAAUAUAAAAAUUAAUAAUACCCAAAAACUACGACCGUUUGGAAACACGAGUGCAAUCGAGAUAAAAACAACGUAUACAUUCGGAUACUCAAUAAGUAGCCUAAUGUCCAGGAACCCGCCAAAUACGAUUCGUUGGGAAUUUUCUAAAAAUAGAUUCGAUAUUUUUUAUGACGAGUUGCAAUACUGUAUAGUAGGAUCCGUUCAAGUAAUAAAAAAGCCAUGUUCUCAUUGGAAUUGCUACUACAGAAGAGAUUUUGUAGCAGAAGACUACAAAUACAAGAAUUACUCGAUUAUCGUAACAAACCUGCCAGCAAAUCAAGAAAAUAUCACCAUCAAUACAUCGUAUGAUCAUUUGGAAAACCUUCACGGCAUCAAACUAGACAUAGAAAAGCACUCUGUAUUAUUAUCAUACAAACAACAUCUCAAGUUGAUGUACAUAAUUAGCUUGGAAUUACCAUCCAUAAUGCACCGUUAUUUCUUCGAUGGAGGCAAUUUCAACGCACUAAUGGGCAAAAUGUUCAACCUGAACCCAAAACAGCAUAUCAUUUCAGCCUGUUCCGAUUUCUCGAUCAACGAACAGCGCUACUAUUACCUCUUACCAGAUAUUUCUUUCGUCCACAUGAGUUUGAAAAAUAUCAACUUAAGAGGACUCUCGAAUUUUGAAUCGUACGUGAACGAUCAAUCGUGGAGUAAUCGAUAUUUAUCCUACGACCUUGUUUACACCCUACACGUGAAGAAUGUUCGAGGAAACAUGACUUUAGAUCCCGGAUUUGAACAUUUACCACAUUUUCAACUGAAUUUCUUCAUCGGUAAUCUUUACAUAUCGUUUGUUCCGAAAAAAGGCGAAUUUCGUGUGGAAGCCCGAGACUAUUCUAUCUUCGAAGACACUCUCCAGCCCUCCGUACUGAUAUCUUCCUGGUUUAGAAAAUAUUCGACAAGUAUUAUUCAGCUCAUCGAAUCAGCAAUGGUAGAUUCGUUGAUGCCAUCGAAAAAAGGUGAGUAGGCACUUGAAUAAAGUAGGUAUGUACAAAAAAAUUACACUCAACAAUCAUUCUCCACAAAAAGUAAAAAAUAGGAUCAAGGUUUUGUUGUAUCCUUAUAUUAUAUUUCUGCGAUAGGUAGCGCUUUAUUAAUUUACUGGCUCAACCGGUUGAAUGUUAUUUAUUCAUACUUUGUUAUUAUAUUUUAUUCGUUAUUAAAAUGGUUAGAAAUGAACGUGUAUUUUAUCCUGGUUUACUUCGUAAUGGUAUAAUAAUGGCGACGAGAUAAAGUACGUAAAAAAAAUGCGUGUAUUUCGGUCUUAAAAGACAUUCGUACGUUGUACCGGUUUCAAUGUUCCUACCUUACGAGUGAACAUAACUACGUGCAAAAUGGUGCUCCCUACAGAACAAGAGCAACUGAUUUCAAGCCUCGUGGCAGCUCUUCGCACCUUACAGCCAACCACUACUUCACUCGAUCCGUUUUCCGAAGGAUCGGAGACUAUGGCAAACUUUUUUGUACGUUUGGAAAACUUCUUCGCUUUACGCCAGAUUCCUGCGGAUCCUGAAGGUGCUACAACUUCAGUAAGAGUACAAAACUUAAUUAAUUACAUUGGCGCUAAAUACGUUUCGACUGUCUACAAUGUCUGUGCUCCGGUGAUACCUGAAAAGAAGAAGUACUCAGAUGUUAAACAGCUUCUUAUCAACCACUUCGAUAAGCCGGUCAACGAAGUGGUAGAGCAACAUCGCUUCAUGUUACGUGUCCAAAGCGAUACAGAAUCAGUUAAUCAGUUUGUUACAGAACUGAAACGCCAAGCCGCUUUAUGCAAUUUUACGUGCGGUCAUUGUACUAAACCUACAAGCGAGCUACAUCUACGAGCACAAUUUAUUCGAGGUAUUCGUGAUAGCGACACACGAAGAGAAUUACUACAGAAAGGUGGUAGCGAAUCUACCACUACUUUCACCUUCGAUAAAGCAGUCGAGUAUGCCGUUGCAGCUGAAUCGUCCAAACUUGGCAACGAUGUAAUUCAAAAUUCUCAUUUCAACGCCUCAACUUCCGGACCAAAACCUGUUAACAAGCUUCAAGUAAAUAAAAAUAAAUCCACCAGGCCAUUUUCACAGCUCCGGGGAUCUUGUUUUCGAUGCGGUGAUAAAGAUCACCGAGCAGACAAAUGCCCUCAUUCUAAAGAAGUCUGCUCAUUCUGCAAUAAAGUUGGGCAUAUUACGAAGGUUUGUCAACUUAAACUACGGCGUAAUAAAUCAAAUUCAGGUCGCGGAGGUCACAGUGGACGCGGUGGCCGUUCGAAACGUCCGUAUUAUCGCCAAAAUAUUCCUAAUACCGGUGCAACGAACCCUACGAAUCCGAACGAAGUAAAUUAUUUCGAUUUUCACGUUCUUAACCUACAAUGCAACUCGAAUUCGAAUAAUUCCGAUAAGAUACUUCUCAACUUCGAUAUUGGUAAUAAAAAUAAGCAGCUUGAACUCGAUACCGGCGCAGCUGUUACUACUUUACGUGUAUCUGUUAUCAGAGAGUUGAUUCCUGGUAUAAAAAUACUUCCAACUACUGAUAAGCUUAGAUCUUUCGAUGGCACUAUUAUUGAUCCGAUCGGUGUUGUGAAUCUUUUCGUCAAGUAUAAAUCGAAUGCUGAAAACCUAACAGCUUACAUUGUGCCAAAUUCUCAUCCUGAAGUUGUUGGGCGUACGUGGAUAAAAGCGUUUCGAAUAUUACCUCCUGAGUUGCUGGAAAUUAAUACUGUUUCAACCGAGGUGAAUUAUACUGACGAAAUUAAGAAGUUGAUUCGCGAAUAUUCAGAUUUAUUUUCCGGUGGAUAUGGCAAAAUUCCUAAUUUUCAAUGCUCACUAUGUUUGAAAGAUAAUGCUGUACCUGUAUUUAUGAAGCCUAGAACUUUGCCAUAUGCCAUAAAACCAUUAGUCGAAGCUGAAAUUGAGAAAUUACUUGCCCAAGGCAUACUUUCACCUGCUAAACACCCUACUUGGGGAACACCAAUUGUACCUGUUAUCAAUUCAAAAGGUGCUUUACGAAUUUGCGGUGACUACAAGGUAACAAUCAAUAAGUACCUGAUUGCUGAAAAGUAUCCGAUUCCGAACGUCGAGGAAAUGUUUAGUAAACUUGCCGGUGGUACUCACUUCGUUUCGCUCGAUAUUUUCAGAGCUUAUUUCUGCAUGGUUGUAGAUGAGCUAAGUGCUAUAUUACAGUGCCUUAGUACUCAUUUAGGCGCAUUCUACGUUCACAGACUUAUGUUCGGCGUUGGCAACGCGCCAUGGUACUUUCAGAAAUUUAUGGAUGAAAUAUUAUCGCAUAUACUUGGUGCUGCGGCGUUUUAUGACGAUGUCAAAGUUCAAGGAGCCACAGCCAAAGAGUUACUUGACAGACUCCGUAUGGUUUUCCAGACAUUCCGUGAACAUGGGUUGAAAUUGAACAAAGAUAAGUGUCAGUUCAAUUUGAAAUCAAUUACUUACCUUGGUUUCGUUAUUGAUGCAAACGGAAUUCGAAAAACGCCAGAGAAAAUCGAAACCAUCGUUAAAUGCGAUUAUCCGAAGAAUAUUGAGCAGCUACGUAGUUUUAUUGGUCUCAUCAAUUACUAUGGCCGUUUUAUUCCGAAUAUGGCCGAUAUUCUCGCUCCAAUGUACCAAUUAAUGCAGAAAGAUGUUCAAUUUGUUUGGAAUAACCAAUGUCAAGCAGCUUUCGUUCGAUUAAAACAAGAAAUGACCGAAGAUCGUAUCCUAGUGCCAUAUGACCCUAAAUUACCUCUUGUUUUAGCUGCUGAUGCGUCAUCAUAUGGUCUAGGCGCCUGUUUAUCGCAUAUUUUACCAGGCAAUGAAGAAAAGCCAAUUGCUUUUUGCAGUCGUACGUUAUCGAAAGCUGAACGUGGUUAUAGCCAACUGCACAAAGAAGCUACAGCUAUUUACUGGGCUGUAAAAAAGUUCUUCGUUUACCUUUUUGGUCGCAAAUUUAUUCUACAUACCGACCAUAAACCGCUGACUGCGAUCUUUCAUCCCAACAAAAACUUACCUGAUUUAACUGCAGCCAGAUUACUUCGUUAUGCUUGUUUUCUAUCGAAUUUCGACUACGAUAUACAGUACCGAAGAAGUGAAAAGCACAGCAAUGCCGAUUUUCCUUCUCGUUUUCCACUACCGAUUCCCAGUAACGAGAAAACCGAUGCAGCUAGUUCAGUUUUACUGCUUGAGCAAAUCAGCAUUUUACCAGUUACGAGAGCUGAAAUUGUUUCAGAAACGGCUAAAGAUCCAGCGUUGAUUCCUGUUCUCAAUGGCUUACGUUCGAAUUCCGGCCUAGAGAAAACGUGUUUCGCUGGCCAAGAAGCUGAAUUUUCGAUUGAAUCUGAUUGUAUUUUCCGAGGUUGUCGAGUCGUUGUACCUAAGGCUCUACAGCAACGAGUUCUUCAAGAAUUACAUACUGCACACAUCGGUUCUACUAAAAUGAAAAACCUCGCUCGUAAUUACGUUUAUUGGUCCGGUAUUGAUCGAGACAUCGAAAAUAUUACAACUCAAUGUUCCGGUUGUUCUCAAGUUAGAAAUAAUCCUCCUAAAAUCGAUCGUCAUCCCUGGUUGUAUCCAGAAAUAUCGUGGUAUCGUCUUCAUUUAGAUUACGCUGGUCCAUUUCUCAGUAACUACUUUCUACUUGUCGUCGAUGCAUACAGCAAAUGGGUAGAAAUUUUUGUAAUGAGUUCGAUAACAACUUCUAAGACAAUAUCCUUUCUUCAAGAUCUGUAUACUCGAUUUGGUCUUCCGGUUAUGAUUGUCACCAAUAACGGUCCUCAAUGGACGAGUGAAGAAUUCAAAAUGUUCAACUCUUCAAACGGUAUUAUCCAUAAAUUCGCUGCUCCUUACCAUCCUGCAAGUAAUGGGCAGGUUGAACGUUACGUGCAAGUCCUAAAAAACAGCUUAAAAGCUAGCUUGUUCGAUAGCAGUCAAAGUUCAUCAAUUACGGAAAGAGUGAAUCUGCUACUCAUUCAGCUACGCAGAACUACUCACAGCCUGACUGGCAAAACUCCGGCUGAGUUGUUAUUACGCCACAGUUAUCGGACCAAGUUAGAUUUGCUUAUCGAUCCUCAUACGAAACGUAUCCGUUCGGAUCAAAUUCAACAAAUCGAGAAUACCAAACUUCGUGACAUCAAACCUGGAGAUCCAGUUAAUUAUCGAGUUUACAACGAUACGAAACGUAAAUGGGCAACUGGCCUAGUUAUUUCGAAAGGUCCAUUAAAUGCUGUGAUACGUGGUGAGAAUGGCGAAACUCACAGGAGACAUCUCGAUCAAAUGGUAUCAGCUCCUCAUGCCGAACCUUCUUCUGCAGGGGAAGGUACUAGCGAUCAACAACAUGCAACUACGUCGACCAGCAGCGAACAGCAGCCUCCGACUUCUCAAAAUCAACCUGAUCCUCCGAAACCUCCUUCUACCGACACUGAGCUCCGUCGAUCAAGUCGAUCUCGGAAAAUUCCAUCUAGAUUGGAUAUUUAGAAAUUUAGAAUUUACCUACCUAAAUUUUUACCUUGUUGUGUCGUUUCGUUUUUUUAUUUUUUUAAAUGUUUUAUUGCAUUUUAUUCUUAUUGUAUUCUUAUUGUUUCAAAUUUUAAUGUCUUAUUAAGGGGGGAGGAAUUGUUGUAUCCUUAUAUUAUAUUUCUGCGAUAGGUAGCGCUUUAUUAAUUUACUGGCUCAACCGGUUGAAUGUUAUUUAUUCAUACUUUGUUAUUAUAUUUUAUUCGUUAUUAAAAUGGUUAGAAAUGAA